CUUGCAGUCCACCUGAAUCCUCUUCCCUUGACAACAUGUGUUGUAACUACUACGGCAACUCCUGUGGCUAUGGCUGCGGAAACAGAUAUAGCUGUGGAUUCAGCCCCUACUAUAGCUGCGGAUAUGGAACCAGAUAUGGCUGUGGAUACGGCUCAGGAUACGGCUGUGGAUAUGGGACUGGCUGUGGAUAUGGUUCAGGAUACGGCUGUGGAUUUAGCCCCUCUUAUGGCUGUAGUUAUGGAACCAGGUGUGGCUGUGGAUAUGGCUCUGGCUACCACAGCUACGGGCCAGUCUGCUACAGGAGAUGUUAUUCUUCUUGCUGCUAGAACGUCACCAGCUAAAACACAGUUUAUGUCUGAAACCACACAUCUAAGAUAAUGCAGAUUCAAGGACUGAAAAGUCAUGGUGUCUAUAUGCAAGAAAUUACCUGCAAGACAGAGCUUGAACCUUUGACUACCCAUUUCUAGAUCGGCAACUUUGAGGCCUGAAGCUCCAUGGUGGUAUCAUCUGUCUUUUUUCCAAAUGUUAACCUUUACUCCCUUAAUCUCUGACUCUCUGUAGUAAUGAUCCUAAUACCCUACUAUUGGGGAAAUCCCUUGUUAUCAAUAAAAAUGGUUCA